AUGGAGGAAACGUCUGAACUGACCAAAACUCUUCGGCCUAAAAGAACAACUGCUGCAACCCAGGACACCGCUGAGUGUGCAAAAAAGAGGAAAACUAGAAAAGAAAUAUCUAGGAACUAUAGGGAGAGGUUAAAAGAAAACCCAGAAAUACUGAAACUUCAUAGAGAGAGUGAGAAGAAACACUUCAAAGAAUAUUACUCGAGGAGAACCGAUGAAGCAGUACAGAGAAACAGAGAGUUACAGAGGGAGAGCAGACAGUACAGGGAGAGAUGCAAAAUGCGUCAUGGAGGUGAAGAAAAAAUCCGCAAAACUAGGAAAACCCAGGAACAAGACAGAAAAAGGUGGCGCAAGGAAAAGCAGUUACAGAGGCAGAACAUGAGCAGACAAAAAAAGACCGCAGAGAAUAAACGCAGGAGGGAUUUGUACGCUGCAAAGAAGUCGUCUACAGCUGCCAAAACCAGCCAGAAGAGUUCACCUGCUGUUUUAAUAGAAAAUUCAUGUGGACAAAAAGCAUCUGCACAGCGCGUUGCCAAUCAUAGAUUCAAAAAGGUUUUUCUCAAUGCCCUUCCAGCUGAUUCUUCUGUGCAAGCAGAAGUUAUUGCUGCUGAAUUGUUUGGGAGGACCACCGAAAGACGAGAAAAGAUGCUGUCCCAGCAGAUACUGAAUGAAAUCCAGAUGUUCUUCAACGAUGGGAACAUAAGUAAAGACCUGCCCGAUGCUCGCAGUGCAUCUGUCCAAGGGGGUGUGGUACAGUCGAGAAAAUUCUUGGAGUCGUCACUUUCAACAAAUUUCCAGAAAUACACUGAGACUUACGGGCCAAAAGUAAGCUUUAGUGCUUUCAAACGCCACCGACCCAAAACAGUGCUCCCAUUCACGUCGCACAAGUAUCGGGAAUGCUUGUGCGAAUAUUGUGCUAAUGUGGACUUAAAGUUAAAGUCAUUGAAUGCGAUCAUAGAGCAAAACAUUUGCAUACAGGACCGGUACGAGGCAUCUAGUCUCACCCUCUGUCCCAAAGUGCCUGAGGGCGAUUACAGAAAGAACUGCUUGGAUAGGCACUGUACAAGCUGUGGGACACGGGCACUAUCCCGUCACCUGGAUAGUGUUCUCCCAACACCGAGAUCUUGUCCAACUGUUUGGUUCCAGUGGGAGCAAGCCCAGAUAGGACAAGGCAGGACUCGCCUAAUGAAAGUCAAACAUGAGUCCAUGUUUGGGGGCCUAGUGGAGGCACUAGCAGAAGAUCUGGCUCCCUUCUCUGCACAUAUAUUCAAUGCCAAGUGGCAGUUCAGUCAAUACAAGUGUGUGACAAGCAAGUGCCCAGCCAACACUGUCAUCUUUUGCGAAGAUUUUGCAGAAAAUUACACUUGUAGACCUCAGGAUGCACCGCAGGGUUGCCACUGGAACAACACGCAGUGUACUAUACACCCCGUGGUUGCCACUUACAACUGUUCUGUUGAAAACUGUUCGGAGGUUAUCACAGAUUCGAUCAUCUUCAUCAGUAAUGACCUCACCCACGAUCACCAUGCCGUCCACCAUUUUGUGAACUCGUCUGUGCUGUUGCUGAAGGAGGAGGGUGUUGACUUCAACCGACUUGUGCAAUUUUCAGAUGGAGCACCAACCCAGUACAAAAACAGAAUUGCAUUUGUAGACUGCUCUUAUGCCACAGAAGAUCUUGGAAUCAAACCAGAACGCCACUUCUUUGGGAGCAGGCAUGGAAAGGGUCCAUGCGACCGUGAGAUAGGGGUCAUAAAAAAGUCUGUCACGGGAGCAGUUGUAUCUAGACAGGAUGAAGUUGCAUCACCUCGCAACCUAUUUGACAUGUGCAAGAAAAGACUUUGUCUGCCAAGAACAUAUGGUCACCAUCAUACAAAACGAUGUUUCAUUUUUGUGGAAAAGGAAUCCAUUGUCAGAGAGCGACCUGAUCGUACAUACAAAAACACCAGAAAGCUUCACUGCAUUACAGGCAUUCAGCCAUAUGUGGUAUCUGUUCGGGAACGGUCAGGGAAUGAUGGUACCUGCCUGCACACAGACCUCACUGGGCCUUGGAGUGUGUGCAACAUGUCGGUCACAUCACGGAAUGCCAAAAGUCGAAGGCCUCCAGAUGCCAACCAUGCUCCCUCACCCUCACCAUUGGACCACACUAUCCCCACUUCUAUUUAA